GAGACAAUCUGUAGCUUGAAAAGCACAUCUCCAAAAUUGUUUUUAACUGAUUUUCUUUUUCUAAAACAUUCUCAGACAUAUGCAUUAUCUCAUUCAACACGCCAAGGUUCGCCAGCAGGCGAUCAGUGUCCCCGAUGGGCUCCCGGAGCUGCUGUCCGACAUAACGCGUGAAGUGCUGCGCUGCCAGCCGACCAAGGACUGCCUCUGCCAGUUCAUUAUUGACUAUCUGCACUCGGUGAUCGUUGCUCGAGAGAAGGCCAUGGUGGCCAAAAGUAUUUUGGAUCGCGCCUUGCGUCAAGUUGACAGCAUUAUAUCGGAUCUGUGCGUGUGUGAUCUGUCCAAGGAGAAAUCGGAUGAGAUGGCCCAGGUUAUGGAGGAUUGUUUCCGCAACUUCCUCGAGAAACGCCGCUGCAAGAUGCAUCGCGGCAAAGAGACAAUCAAAUUCUCUGAUAUCGAUAUGCUCGAGGAGCUCAUAAAAAACUGCAAUUUCUCUGAGCAGGAGCUAGACUCAUCCCGUCCAGCCAUCGAGAGCGCCUACAAUCGUUUUGUGGACGCCUACAUGACCGCUGCCAAAGAUGCCCAUGGCACCGAGGUGCUCUAUCAAUACUUUCGGGAUCGUGAACUCAUCCGCAUCAGGGAGGAGUUGCAGAACAAGGCGGCCACCACCAUACAGGCUGCCUUCCGCGGCUACCUUGUGCGCAACAUGUUGUCGCAGCACGUUUGCGUCUGCACCUGUUUGCUGGACGAACAAAAUGAAAACCUGAUCAAACUUAUGGACAAAGCUGCGAGAAUCAUACAGCGCUUCUUCCGUGCUGCUAUGAACCGACAUGACUUAAAAGCAAUGGAAGAUCCUUGCCAGGAAAAAGAAACUCCCUAUUCCAAAAAUGAGACUUCGUGGGAUCCUGCCGUCGAAGCAGCACUUGCAGUAGACACUGCAGCCGGCACAGCUGCAACGCUGGCUCCAUCUGAAGCUGCAUUGGCUCCGGCUCAAGAGGAGAGCGCAGCCGAAACGGCACCGGAUGCAGCUGCCACCGAAGAAGCGUCCGUUGGACCAGCCGUUGGUGCGGAGCCAGCUGCCGAGCCCGAGGAGCCCAAAGCAGAAGAAGCCGCAGAAGCUCCACCUGAGCCAGCAGUAGCACACGCUGAAGAAGCUGCACCACCGCCAGCUGAGGAGGCAGCACCACCACCAGAAGAAGCACCUUCUCCAUCGGAAGAAGCACAACCAGCCGUGGAAGCACCACCAGCCGAAGAAGCACCGCCAGCCGAGGAAGCACAACAAGCCGAAUAAUGAUGAUCUGCCAGAAUCUUAUGUUUUAAUAUUUGUUAAUCUCCAGUUGUCUAGAUAAUAGGGUUGCAGGGAUUGCCCGUAUUUAGCUUGUAAACUAGUUGCACGUGUAAUUGUAUGUUUAAAUUGUCUAGUAUUGUUGCCACAAAUAAAAAGGCAGCUCCGCACAGACGCACAGAUAACUUUGAUAUAUCAUACUUUGAUCUCCGUGCAAUGUCCGUCAUGCUGUCUGUCCGUCUGUAAGAAUGCAACUUUUUUCUAGGAACCGCCUUCAAAGAUCGGCAUUUUAUGUUCUGUGGCACAGUUCUCAGAUAGUUUUAUUGCCAACAUUUUCCUUUAAAGGGAUUCUUUAAUUUCUCAAAGCUGGCACAAGUACCACAUAAAUAUAUGUAUUAAGCAUAUUCAUAAGCGAGUAGAAUGCAUUCCGCAGGCCUAAGGGUAUUCGCAGAAACUGAUAAAUAUUUUAUUCACAUAAUCUAAUAUCUUAGCUUUCAUUAAACAUCAACAAAAUAGCGAACUAAUUUUUAUAAAUGAUCAUAUUUUACAAAUCUUUAGGUCA